CAUUAAGUAGGGAAUAUGGACCAGCACAAUUUUACCGCUGAGAAAGUGUUGUGGCGGUGGAAUGUAGGUCUGCCACCUGCUGGAGUACAGUAUCCGCACCGCCAGGCGCCGGCACAACCAGUAACCACGCGCACACUCCACAGGGUGUGCGCUGGGAAGAUGAGUGUAAGAGAGGCGGCGGGGUGUGUUGUCCGCGGGGGUGUGCUUCACUGCCUCCUCACCCUGAUGGCAGGCUUCGUGUUGGGGCUCACCUUGGCUCUCCUCCACUUCACCUCCCUCUCCCUCUCCACCACCUACCACCUUCCACCCUCACGCCUCCCUUUAGGAGAGUGGUGGGGCGGCCUCCAGGAAGACAACGUUCUCCUUUCUCCUCCUCAUCCCUCCCUUCUUCCGGACGCUGCUCCUCGUGGGUCAUCCUCCAGUCCACCCUCGGCACCGCUCCACACCACCAAACAAAACAUGUCUAGCCACACGGGUGACCUGCCGCCCACACGCUCUGGCCCCGGAAAGAAAUGUUAUGGAAGCGUGGCUGAGCAGCUGAUGGAGAGAGUGCGAGUGUUGUGUCUGGUGGUGACCUACCCGCUCCACCAUACUACACACGCCAUCCACAUAUACCACACAUGGGGCCGUCGCUGCACCAAGAUCCUCUUUGUCACUAAUGCAGAAGAGGAGGAUGAUGAGCCGGGUGAUGAGGAAUUACCCUUGUUAACUGUGCCUCAUGCCUCCAGGGGGCGUGAUGGGCUAUGGAACAAAACCAGGGAUUCAUUCCGUCACGCUUACCUUCACUAUCUGGAUGACUUUGAGUGGUUUGUGAAGGCUGAUGACGACACUUAUCUCAUCCUGGAGAACCUUCGCUAUUGGCUGCACGACAAGGACCCCGAAACACCGCUCUACUAUGGCUGUCACUUUGAAAACAUUGUUCCCAAGGGUUACAUGAGCGGGGGUGCCGGCUACGUCCUCAGCCGGGGUGCUCUUCAAGCCUUUGUACAAGCUGGCCUGAGGAAUAACACGCUGGCCCACUCCCAGGGUGCUGAGGACGUCCAGAUGGGGCGCUUUAUGGCAGCUGCUGGGGUUCAUCCUGGGGACUCAAGGGAUGGGAAUGGUAGGCCCAGGUUCUUCCCCUUUGUUCCCUCCGAUGUAUUAGUGCCUAAGGCUAAAUCGUUUGACUUCUGGUAUUGGCAGAAUCUUGCACACGAUCAUGAGCAGGGUUUUGAGUGCUGUAGUGAGACCACCAUAUCGUUCCACUACGUCUCCAAGACUCUGCUUUAUACCCUCGAGUUCUUUAUAUAUCGUUUAAAGGCCUUUGGACUCGGGAUGGCUACUGGUGACUGCUGAAGGAGAGACUACUGAAUCUAUGGAAUCUCAGGGACUUGAACCUACACAAGGCUCAGAUGGGUAAAAAAAUGUAAUUAUAUAUUAUUAAAUGUAUCACCUAACUUAAA